AUGACAGACAUGACCGACAUGGAAGACAUGACAGACAUGACAGACAUGACAGGUAAAGGACCCGAGACGGUCUUCGCCGGACAGAAGCUCAACGACAACGAGUGGCACACGGUGAAAGUGGUGCGCAGAGGAAAGAACCUCCAGCUCUCUGUGGACAAUGUGACGGUAGAAGGCCAAAUGACAGGCGCCCACACCCGUCUGGAGUUCCACAACAUUGAGACGGGCAUCAUGACCGAGCGCCGCUUCAUCUCCGUGGUGCCCUCCAACUUCAUCGGUCACCUCCAGGGCCUGACGGUCAACGGUGUGCCUUACCUGGACCAGUGCAAGAAUGGCGACAUCUCCUACUGUGAACUCAACGCCCGCUUCGGCAUGCGCCACAUCAUCGCCGAUCCGGUGACGUUUCGAACGAAAGCGAGCUACCUGGCGUUGGCUACUUUGCAGGCCUACGCCUCCAUGCACCUCUUCUUCCAGUUUAAGACCACCACGUCGGACGGCCUGUUGCUCUUCAACUCUGGGGACGGCAGCGACUUCAUCGUCGUGGAGCUGGUCAAAGGCUACGUCCAUUACGUCUUUGACCUUGGUAACGGUCCGUCGCUGAUGAAGGGCAACUCGGACAAGCCGCUCAACGACAACCAGUGGCACAACGUGGUGGUCUCCCGGGACGCCAACAACGUGCACACGCUCAAGAUCGACUCACGCACCGUCACCCAGCACUCCAAUGGAGCCCGCAACCUGGAUCUCAAAGGGGAGCUGUACAUCGGUGGCGUGGGGAAGAGCAUGUACAACAGUCUGCCCAAGCUGAUCGCGUCCCGGGACGGGUACCAGGGCUGCCUGGCCUCAGUGGACCUCAACGGGAAACUACCAGACCUGAUCGCAGACGCCCUCCACAGGAUGGGCCAGGUGGAGCGAGGCUGCGACGGACCUAGCACCACCUGUACGGAGGACUCCUGCUACAAUCAGGGGGUGUGUCUCCAGCAGUGGGAGGGCUUCUCCUGCGACUGCACCAUGACGUCCUAUGGAGGCUCCUUCUGUAGCGACCGUGAGUACAACAUCGCCGUGCUGGGUUGUGUGAAGGUUGUGAAGGUUGUGUGA